GGGGUCACACACUUUUCACACCGACACAGAACCGGAGUGAGACCCGGACUCGGAUCGAGCGACCCUCUUCAGACCGUCACCCGGAGGAUCGUCAGCCGGAGGACCGUCGUCUCCACCGGGGUAGCAGGUGAACUCUGCCCGGUGAGCGGCGGAGCUCCGGGCGGAGUGUUUCCACGGACCUACUUCUCCUGCUGGGCUGACAGGCGGUGCUUCGGUCGCUUCCAAACAUGGCCUCCAUGACGGAGCGAGCGCUUCAACUUUAGUUUGUCCAGCUCUCAGGAGCAAAGCGUCGUGUUGUGCCGCUCGGGAUGCUCGGAGCCGCGGGCCCGGCGGAGCUGUGAGGUGUGACCCGCCGGAGAAGCUGCUGCUGCGAGCCGGGAGCCGGGAGCUGCGGAGGAAAAGCAGAAUCUCAUCAAACCAAAUGCCAUCUGAGGCUCAGUCUCAGGAGCCUCGUGACAGGGGCCCGCCCCCCCCUGUCACUCGGGCCGGGCGCAGUGCUCAGCUCGCCAAAGCCGCCGCCACAAGCCUCUUGAGCGAGCGGCGUUCCCGGGGGCGACCUCGGAAAGACGGGAGCAGCGGCCGCUCGGCUCCCCUGGCACCUCCUGCUCCUCCGUCUCCUCCUCCACCUCCCACAUCUAGGAAGAAGGGGCGGAGUCGAGGCCCAGCCCAGAUAGAGGACAAGAAGAGCGUGGACUCCACGGAGAAGAAAUCCGCCCACAAGACGGAGGUGACGGAGAAGACCACGGGACGCCGGCGAUCAUCCUCCCGGAGGAAAUCGAACACAAACCCCGACCCUGAACCAAGCCAAGAAAGGUUUAGUCCAGAGUCUAAGCUGGACCCUGAUCCACUUGGUCCCACAAUCCCAGUCUCCAGCCCAGAACCAGCCCAAUGUACUGACGAGGACAGAACCAGCCCUGGUCCUCCUGCCGAGCUCCCGACCUGCAGUCCUGGACCAGAACCUCGACUCAGCCCCCUGCCCACCUCCCUGUCCCCGGACCACAGUCCGGUUCAAAGCCCCGCCUCCACCCCCAGACCAGCUCCUGAUCCUGUGGAGGAGGGCCGGCCCGGGCCAAGCCGUAGCCCCGCCCCCACAGAGGUGGACUGCAGUCCCUGCAGGGUUCCCAUGGAGACAGAAGGGGGUGCGGCAAGUCCUGGGGUUAUUUCCAUGGGGCACAGUCCGGCUCCGAGUCCCUGCUCGGACCUCCUGGUGUCCCCCUGUCCCCUGGAGGACGAGGACUCACUGUCCCUGCUGUUCAGACGCUCUCUGUCAGAGGACUCGGGGGGGUCGCCCAGCCACAGCCUGGGACACAUCAAGAAACGUCUGAAGCAGUGUGCCUUCUGUUACCAUGACGACAAGCUUCCUCUGGGCCAGGGCCGCCUGGUGGUGUUCGGCCCGACGCCUGGCUACAUCCCCCUCCACAUCCUGAACCGCAGAGCGUCCUCUGACCGAGAUAGCGACUGCCACGACCACUGCUACCGUGGCAACCAGGCCCCACCCACGUGCAGCAGUCCGGAGCAGUGUGAGUCUUCCUCAGAGUUUGUGGAGCAGCUUGGACCCAUCGGCCUCCCACAUGACAUCAACGUCCAAUCACUGUUCGACCCCACAGGUCAGUGCUGUGCUCACCUGCAGUGUGCAGCUUGGUCGGAGGGGGUGUGUCGAGGCGAGGGCCAAUCACUGCUCUAUGUCGACAAAGCCAUCGACUCAGGAAGCACACAGGUGUGUGCGUUCUGCAGUCGGCUCGGGGCGACCCUGCGUUGCCAGGAAACUAGCUGUGGGCGGAGCUACCACUUCCCCUGUGCUGCUGCAGCCGGGGCUCAUCAGGACUGGAACCAGAGACACACACUGUGUACAAGACACAGACAAACAGGCUCUUCGCAGUGUGUGUUGUGUUUGGGUUCCGGUGAUGUCAGCAGUCUGUUGAUGUGUUGCUGCUGUGGUAACUGUUACCAUGGCAGCUGCCUGGAUCCCCCUCUGGUCCCCUCCCCCCUGUGCCGGGCCGGCUGGCAUUGUGCUGAGUGUCGAGUGUGUCAGAGCUGCAGGUUGCGAGGUGAUGAUGGUGUGUUGCUGGUGUGUGAGCGCUGUGAUAAAACGUAUCACCGACACUGUCUCACUCCACCUCUGGAUCACAGUCCGAGCUCGAGCUGGAGCUGCCAGAAUUGCAGAACCUGCCGUCACUGCGGUGUGAGGUCAUCAGGCCAGUGGGCCAAUCACCCGUUUUUGUGUGAGUCUUGUGACCCAGCCCUGCCCUGCCCUCUCUGUGGCCUCACGCCUGACCUCUACACACCCGAGGAGUACCUCACCUGUACCUGCUGCUAUAGGUGUGUCCAUACAGCGUGUAUAGUCCAGACUGGGGAGGGCAGGGCAGGGUCUGAAAGUUACAUCUGCUCCACCUGCAGGCAUCAGGAGGAGGAUAUAAUCCCACACAGUCUCACUCCAGCCCUGCCAAUCAGUUCCACACAGGCUUCACCUUUUAGCAUUUCCCAGCCAACAAUCAGCAAUCAGGAUCCACCCAUGAGUCCUUCCUCUCAUAGCCCAGUCCAGCUCGACUGCUUAGAACCACCACAGAGUCCUACCAAAUCCAUGUGCACACCAUUACUGCAAAGUCUUACACCAUCUCGUCCUGAUCCAUCAGCACUGGAAAGUCCUUCACCUACUAAUCAACAUUCAUCAGAGCUCCAAGAAAGUCCUGAACUUGAUCAACCUGAUCCACCAGGUAUACAACAGAGUCCUGCUCCAUCUCUCCGUGAUCCAUUAGCACUUCGAGAAAGUAUUUCCCCUACUCAUCCUGAUCCUUCAGAGCUCAAACAAAGUCCUACACCUACCCACCCGGAACCACUAGAUAUACAACAGAGUCCUGCUCCAUCUCUCCUUGAUCCAUCAGAACUCGAAGAAAGUCCUGCAUCUGUUCACCCUGAUCCUUCAGAGCUCCAAGAAAGUCCUGCACCUGUUCACCCUGAUCCUUCAGUACUCAAAGAAAGUCCUGCACCUGUUCACCCUGAUCCUUCAGAACUGGAAGAAAGUUCUGCACCUGUUCACCCUGAUCCUUCAGAGCUUCAAGAAAGUCCUGCUCCUGUUCACCCUGAUCCUUCAGUGCUCAAAAAAAGUCCUACCCCUACCCACCCGGAUCCACUAGAUAUCCAACAGAGUCCUGCUCCAUCUCUCCUUGAUCCAUCAGAGCUCCAAGAAAGUCCUGAACCUGCUCACCCUGAUCCUUCAGAGCUCCAAAAAAGUUCUGUACCUGCUAACCCUGAUACUUCAGAGCUCCAAGAAAGUCCUGCACCUGCUCACCCUGAUCCUUCAGAGCUCCAAGAAAGUCCUGCACCUGCUCACCCUGAUCCUUCAGAGCUCCAAGAAAGUCCUGCACCUGUUCACCCUGAUCCUUCAGAGCUUCAAGAAAGUCCUGCACCUGUUAACCCUGAUCCUUCAGAGCUCCAAGAAAGUCCUGCACCUGUUAUCCCUGAUCCUUCAGAGCUCCAAGAAAGUCCAGCACCUGUUAACCCUGAUCCUUCAGAGCUUCAAGAAAGUCCUGCACCUGCUAACCCUGAUCCUUCAGAGCUUCAAGAAAGUCCUGUACCUGUUCACCCUGAUCCUUCAGAGCUCCAAGAAAGUCCAGCACCUGUUAACCCUGAUCCUUCAGAGCUUCAAGAAAGUCCUGCACCUGCUAACCCUGAUCCUUCAGAGCUUCAAGAAAGUCCUGUACCUGUUAACCCUGAUCCUUCAGAGCUACAAGAAAGUCCUGAACCUGCCAACCCUGAUCCUUCAGAACUCCAAGCAAGUCCUGCACCUGUUCACCGUGAUCCUUCAGAGCUUCAAGAAAGUCCUGCACCUGUUAACGCUGAUCCUUCAGAGCUACAAGAAAGUCCUGAACCUGCCAACCCUGAUACUUCAGAGCUUCAAGAAAGUCCUGCACCUGCCAACCCUGAUCCUUCAGAGCUUCAAGAAAGUCCUGCACCUACUAACCCUGAUCCUUCAGAGCUCCAAGAAAGUCCAGCACCUGUUCACUCUGAUCCUUCAGAGCUUCAAGAAAGUCCUGCACCUGCUCACCCUGAUCCUUCAGAGCUUCAAGAAAGUCCUGCACCUACUAACCCUGAUCCUUUAGAGCUCCAAGAAAGUCCUGCACCUGUUCACCCUGAUCCUUCAAAGCUUCAAGAAAGUCCUGCACCUACUAACCCUGAUCCUUUAGAGCUCCAAGAAAGUCCUGCACCUGUUCACCCUGAUCCUUCAGAGCUUCAAGAAAGUCCUGCGCCUGUUCACCCUGAUCCUUCAGAGCUCCAAGAAAGUUCUGCACCUGUUCACCCUGAUCCUUCAGAGCUUCAAGAAAGUCCUGCACCUGUUCACCCUGAUCCUUCAGAGCUUCAAGAAAGUCCUGCGCCUGUUCACCCUGGUCCUUCAGAGCUCCAAGAAAGUUCUGCACCUGUUCACCCUGAUCCUUCAGAGCUUCAAGAAAGUCCUGCACCUGUUCACCCUGAUCCUUCAGAGCUUCAAGAAAGUCCUGCACCUGUUCACCCUGAUCCUUCAGAGCUUCAAGAAAGUCCGGCACCUGUUCACCCUGAUCCUUCAGAGCUUCAAGAAAGUCCUGCACCUGCUAACCGUGAUCCUUCAGAGCUCCAAGAAAGUCCUGCACCUGUUCACCCUGAUCCUUCAGAGCUUCAAGAAAGUCCUGCACCUUUUCACCCUGAUCCUUCAGAGCUUCAAGAAAGUUCUGCACCUUUUCACCCUGAUCCUUCAGAGCUCCAAGAAAGUCCUGCACCUGUUCACCCUGAUCCUUCAGAGCUUCAAGAAAGUCCUGCACCUGCUAACCCUGAUCCUUCAGAGCUCCAAGAAAGUUCUGCACCUUUUCACCCUGAUCCUUCAGAGCUCCAAGAAAGUCCUGCACCUGUUCACCCUGAUCCUUCAGAGCUUCAAGAAAGUUCUGCACCUUUUCACCCUGAUCCUUCAGAGCUCCAAGAAAGUCAUGCACCUGUUCACCCUGAUCCUUCAGAGCUUCAAGAAAGGUCUGCACCCGUUCACCCUGAUCCUUCAGAGCUUCAAGAAAAUCCUGCACCUACUCAUCCAAGAAAUUCCCUAGAAAUUCCCACUUCCUCUCAUUCUAAUCAAACAGACCCCCAAGUAAUUGAACCACCCUCUCACCCUGGGGCAAUAGAGCUUGAAACAAGGCUGUUGCCAUUUGGCCAUGAUACUGCAAAACCUUCGCCACAGUUGCAACCAGCAGAACUCCAAGAAAGACGAACCCUGUCUCCCUGUAGCACAGCAUUGCUUCAACAUAGCCCUACACAUGCUUAUUGCGGUCCAACAGAACUUCAUAAAGGAACUACACAACCCCCCCCUGGUCCUGUUCAACUGCAACAAAGCCCUACCCAUAUGACGUCUACCAUGGCUCAGGAUAGUCCUCGACAGCAGAGUUGCACCUCCACUAGCCCUACCCAGAAUUCCACUGAGGAGCCGCUUACAGCCACAGAGUCCCACUGGAGUCCAACACAGGGUAGUCCCCUUCCUUGUGGCCUUACCCACAGCCCUCCACCAAACAGUCAGACCCAGGAAGGGCAUAGUUCUCCACAGUACAGCCAUCCACUUCAGAUUCCCACACAGGACAUCACCAUACAGACACAUGAUAGACCGUGUAGUCCUACAAACAUCAUCAACCCGCCUCAGCACAGUUCCCCUCAAAGAUGGCAUAGUUCUACGUCACAUAGUCCUGCACAAAUUGGCACCUCAACUCCACAUAGUCCCAUACAGGAUGCUGAAUCUACACUGGACCAGGAAAGCCCAGGAUUAUGCAACUCUACUCACCUGCGAUGUGGGACUUCACGGGACAUUUCUACACUGAACCAGGACCAUUCACCAGUCUACUGUAGGUUGACCCAGACAGGUAUACAACAUGCAUCGUUGAGGUCCAUUUCAGCUCCUUGUAGCCCAUCACUGUCCCCACUUAGACCCACACAGUGUAGUCUGUCACAGCCUGCUAGCCCAGUUAAAGCACACUCUGUUCUGCCUCUUAGUCCGUUCCAGCUUAACCUGCUUCCCUCUCGGCUUACUGCACAGUCAAGAAUCACUGAGGAAUCCACUGAAACCAAUGACAAAGGAUUUAAGUCUUUGGACCAUAGCCCUACCCAGCUAAGUUCAAACGUUAAUGGCCUAACACCUGAAAGAAGCUCAUAUGAACUGUCCACUGCUUUCCCUAAUGGCCAACUUCCAAACCAGCUUAGCCCUGUUCCAAGUAGCAUGCAUAGCCCUGACCAGUCCAGCCCAAGCCAUGUCCCUGCACCAGAAAGCCUUGUUCACAUUAGCACUUCAGCGGAACACAGUAGCCUAACUUUCUCACCUUGUGCUAAUGAAACUGAGGAAAAUCCUCACCUAGCUAGCCACAUGCAUCAGAGGCCUUCUCAUGACAGACUCCCAGGCUGCAUGGAAGGUAAAGCUAGCCCCAUACAUAUCCAAGCUAGUACAUGCCAAGCUAGUGCUAGCCCUACACAUACCAGUGAAAUGCCUACUAGUCCUGCCAACUCUCUUCAGGCUUGUGCUUGCUCCAUGCAAACUGAGACAAGCCCUGCCCACGUAAGCCCUUUAGCUUCCGAGAGUAACCCCUCAGCCAUAUUGGCUGGACCCGUCCACCCCCCCUCUUGUCAGGAUGAAGAGAUUGAAGUAGCCGUCAACCAACCAACUCUACUUAUUCAGUCAGAAACUGGUUAUCCUAACUCCACGCCCAGCAGUCAAGCUCAAACAAAUGCUACUAAUGCUGACCCAGUCCACGCAGACACUCCCAGUAGCUACAGUCUGAUGGACACCAUUGAUGCUUCGGAGAGAGCGAGGCUCACUGUGGGGAGUUGUUUGAAGCUCACACAAAAUCAGAUGAGCCAAAGACCCACACAUCCUUUUCAGUUAAGUCCCUUACAUGUCCAGUCUAGCUGCAAUUCUUCACAGACAACUCCUGCUAGCUUUAGUCCUCCACACUGUUUGCUGACUGGUACUAGCCCAGCUGCUGACUCUGUUAGCCAAAGUCUGAGCAACAUUACCUCAGACUGCAGUGGCCAGACAGGUCCUCACCUGGCUAGCAUAAUAGAUGUUGGCGUCAUCCACAGUCCACCUAGGUCUAGUCCUGCUGGUCAAGCUAGUCCUAUUCACACACAGAGCACCUCUAAUUGUGUCCACUCAGGUCCUCUCAAAAGACAGAGUCCCUCAUUAAUUGUUGCUUGUGUUAGCCCACCUCACAGGCAAGCUCAGGCCAGUGAAACCCAUCUUCGCCCUGCAGGUAGCCCACAUUAUAGCCCAUCUCUCGACACUGGAGCCACUUCUGGCCUUACGGCACAUCUGAGCCCCUCUAUUGUUGGCUCAAAUCCUGAUAUGGACACCUUGGCCAGUUCUAUAAUGCAGAGCUCUGUUCUUCCGAGUGCAGCUCACCUUGAUCCUGUUCAUGUGUCUUCAGACAGAAGCAUGCAGAUGAGUCCAGAACCUUCCAGUUUCUUACUUGAUGAUUUACCUGCUGCUAGCUUCAACCAGGCUAGUCUGAGCCAGGUUGGCCGGUUCCCAGUUAGUCAACACCCAGACCCUGACAGGUCAGCUCCUGAAAACCAACAAAAUACUGCCUUGGUAAGGCCCUUGUAUCAAGGAGCGCCCCCCUCUGUAGAUGUUACUUCAAUUCAGGCUCGUGUCAGCCAUUCUAGUCCUGUCUCUUCUAGCCCCACUCAGGAUAACACUGUAAUGCCUAGCACUAGUCACACGAGUGAAACCCCUGCUAGUCCCCCACUCGCUGUCCCCUCACAGUUCAGUCCUGCUCAGACAUGUUCACCCCCCGUGCCACACACUCAAGACAACUCUGUUCAAAGUAGCCUAGCUAAAAGUCCUGUUUGGGGUCCCAUGGAUCUAGGUUAUACACCAAACUGCCCAAGUCCUGGUCCUGUCAGCCCUGUGCAGCCAGAAAUUAGGUCCAGUCCUGUUCCUGAUGCCACAAUGAGUAGUGUGGCUAGCUCUGGUCCCACUCUGGUUAGCCCUAAUCGUGCUAGUCCUGUGCAGUGUGAACAAAGCCCUGGUCCUGUUAGCCCUGUUCAGUCUGAUGCUGGUCCUGGAAGCCGGGAAGUUUGGUCUGGUUCCAGCCCCGAGCAAGGCACAGAAACAGAGAGGAAUUCUGCAACUACUGAGGACAUCAGCAUGGUUGAGCAGGAGGUGGAGAAAAAGACUGAAAAGGAGGAGAUAGACAGUGAAGCUCCAGAGCAAGAGGAGGUGGCCGAAGUGAAGGAAGAAGUGGGUGAAGUGAAGGAGGUGGAAGAGAUGGAGGAGGUGAAGGAAGUGGAGGAGGUGGUGUUUCAUCAGAUAAAGGAGAGACAAGAAGAGGAGGAGCCUGUUGAGACAUCAGAGGAAGAAGAUGAUCUGGAGCAGUUUCCUUCUAACACUGCUGUCUCCUCCCCCUUACUCCCUCAGCCGGCUCCUCCUCCCCCCACUCCUCGUCUGCCACACUCUGUCUCACCCCUCCUACCACAACGUUCUCCUUCUAGAGCUGGGCCUCUGAGGGCCUCCCCUCCCAGCACUGCCUUACCCUCCUCCUGCUCCCCCCACACUCCAUGUCCUCCAUCUCUUCCCCUGGAGGACCUCCCCCAGAAAGGCCAGCAAACCAAUCAAAGAGGAGAAGGGACAGGGACAGCAGCAGAGGCGGGGCUUGAGAACAGAAGAGAUUCCAGUCAAACCCAGAGCCAAGAACCUGUUGCUGCGGCAACAGAACCCACCAAAGAUGAGCACCAGCCACUUGCUGAGCCUUUCCUGAGGGAGGAGGAGCCACAGCCUGCAUCAGACCGGACCGUUGCUCCUGAGGUGGUUGCUGGGCAACGACCAAUGAGGGAGUGGCCGGUUGAGGAGGAGGAGGAGGAGGAAGAAGAGGGAGAUAUAGAUAGCAUUGAUCAAGAGGAGAGGGAGGGCGCAAAGCUAGUGGACCAAUCAGAUGUGGAAGAGGAGGAGCCAUUGAGCCCUGUGCUGGAGCUGGACUCCUCCUUUGACAAGGAGGUGAUGGAGCUGAUGACCUCAACGACUCCCCCCCCCUCCCUCCUACACCUCUCCUCCCCCAGCCCGCCUCCCCUCCCCCGUUGGGGAAAGGGUCGGACUCUCAGGUUUCCUCCCUCCUCCUCCAGACCUUUAGAUGACCUCUCCAUCCGUCUGAGACAGUCUCCCUUCUCUACUGAGGCCUCCCCCGAAACCUCCCCCACCAGAGCUCUCCUCACCCCCCCUCCGCUCUCCCCGCCCUCACCUCAUCUCAGGUCCCCCCCCUCUGCCAGAGAGUCUCCACCUCUGUCCAAGUUUCCUCAGAUGACUGUGCUCCCCUUGACUCCUAAAAUCGGCAUGGGGAAACCGGCCAUCUCCAAGAGGAAGUUCUCCCCCGGUCGAGCCAGGGUCAAACAGGGUUCCUGGAGUAGUCGCAGAGGGGUGAGCCCCCCCUCAUCCUCCCAGGACUCCACGGGGGAGGGAGGGUGGGACAGCCCUAAGCCACAAACACCGGACUCCCCCAUCUGGAGCAUGAGACUGGGGCGUGGCUCAGGGUUUCCAGGCAGGAGGAGGUCCAGAGCAGGAGGUGUCGGAGGAGGAAGAGGAGGAGGAAGAGGAAGGAGCAGACUGAAGACUCAGGACAGUCUGACUGUGUCACCAGGAUACGUGGAACCGUUCCAGCCGAAGGAGGAGGAGGAGAACUCCAUGCACAACACGGUGGUGAUGUUCUCUACCGCCGACCACUUCACCCUCAGACAGGACAUGUGUGUGGUGUGUGGUAGUUUUGGUCAGGGUGCUGAAGGCAGACUGUUGUCCUGCUCCCAGUGUGGACAGUGUUAUCAUCCCUACUGUGUCAACGUCAAGAUUACACGGGUGGUCCUGACCAAAGGGUGGCGCUGUCUGGAGUGCACGGUGUGUGAGGCGUGCGGUGAGGCCAGCGACCCUGCACGACUGUUGCUUUGUGACGACUGUGACAUCAGCUAUCACACCUACUGCCUGGACCCGCCCCUCCUCACGGUCCCUAAAGGAGCCUGGAAGUGCAAGUGGUGUGUGUGGUGUGUUCAGUGUGGCUCCGCCUCCCCUGGGCUGCACUGUGAUUGGCAGAGUAACUACAGUCGCUGUGGACCAUGUUCCAGUCUGAGCCGCUGUCCACUCUGUCAGAGACACUACACACAGGAGGACCUCAUACUGCAGUGUCAGCAAUGUGACAGGUGGGUCCAUGCUGUGUGUCAGGGUCUGACCACUGAUGAAGAGGUGGAGGUCGCUGCUGAUGAAGGUUUCGACUGUUCGCUGUGCAGGUCACAUGGUCGCAGCUCGUUAGGGUGCUCAGACAGUUUUGAUUCUCCCUUCGUGGCUCAGAUCGUCUCCCGGGUGAAAGAACCAGAAACAAAGACCUACACUCAGGACGGAGUGUGUCUCACGGAGUCGGGUCUGUCUCACCUCCAGUCGCUGGUUGAACCUCUGAUGUCACCGCGCCGGUAUCGCAGGUGUAAACCCAAACUGAAGCUGAGGAUCAUCAAUCAGAACAGUGUCUCUGUCCUCCAGACCCCGCCAGACCCCGACCACCCCACUGAGCUCGAUCACAGAGGUGACUUGGAGUGUGAGAUGAAAUCUGACUCCAGCCCAGAGCGAGACCAUGCUCCCGACGAUGACGUCACCAAGGAGCCGGAGGUUACCGACGGCAAGAGGAAGAGGAAACCGUACAGGCCUGGUAUCGGGGGGUUCAUGGUGCGUCAGCGUGGAGGGAAGGCCGGUCCCAGCAGAAUCAAACUGUGCAGAAAAGGUUCAACAGAGACGCGUUUGAGCCGAGACGAAGCCCUGUUGGGGGCUGAUGUUGUCAUGGAGAUGGCAUCUGCUGCUGACCAGGCAAUGGAGAAGGCGAAGAAGAGGUACAGGAAGAAGAAGACGAAGCUGGAGGAGGAUUUUCCAUCUUAUCUCCAGGAAGCGUUCUUUGGUCGGGAUCUUCUGGACCGGAGCCGGCAGGUGGACAGGAGGGCGGGGCCAGAGACCGCAGGCGGCCAGUUGGGAGCAGCAGUGGGUAAACUGAAAAGCCCUGCCCCUGGUAUACAUGGCCCCUCCCCUACCACAGUUUUAGGUGGUGCCAUGGCAACCAACAAUAAACAAGGAACACUGCCCUUCUCGGAGGAAGCUCUUGUGGAUCUGUCUGAUGUUCUCAGCACUGACCCUCACAUCCUGGCGACAGGAGCCACAGGUCAGUUCCAGGUAGAGCGCUCCCCCUCUCCGUUUGCUGGACUGGACAUCAGCUCCAUGGCCGACGACUCGUCUUGGACCUGUGAGCCAACAGGAAGCGCUGGCCGAGGCCAGAGGGCGAUGCAGGAAGAAACUCUGGAUGCUAUCUUGAGUCCUGAGCUGGACAAAAUGGUGACUGAUGGCGCCAUCCUCAGCAGACUCUUCAAAAUCCCAGAGCUGGAGGGGAAGGACGUGGAGGACGUGUUCACUGCUGUUCUCAGUCCAAACAGCAGCAACAACCAACCACAGCAAAACCGACACACACACAGUGCUGCUGGGAGCAAGACACACACCCACCACCCAGCGGCUUCGUUUCUGCCGCUGAUGAACGGCCUGAUGGGAGCUGCUCCUCACUUUCAAAACACUCCCAUGAUGACCAGCGGUGCCCAGGCUCCAGCAGGCUUUAGGAUGCCCCCCCCAGGAGGACCUGCCCUCAGUGCAUCAACAGGCCCCACCCCUAUGCUGACCUCAACCAAUCAGCAGCCAGCUGGAGAGAGCACGCAGGAUGUGAUGUCCACGGCUCAGAGGGGAAUGUUGAAGUGGGAGAAAGAAGAAACGCUGGGAGAGCUUGCUACUGUCGCCCCGGUCCUCUACUGCAAUACCAACUUCCCCCAGCUGAGGGAGCAGCAUCCUGACUGGUCCACCAGGGUGAAGCAGAUUGCGAAGCUGUGGAGAAAAGCCAGCUCUCAGGACAGAGCACCCUUUGUGCAAAAAGCCAGAGACAACCGAGCGGCUCAGCGCAUUAACAAGGUGCAGUUGUGCAAUGACCCGCUGAAACGCAGCCUGCCCCCCCAGCCGCCGCCGCUGCCGCCGCCAUCGCCACCGGUGCAGCUGGGACAGUAUGACCCCGCCUCCAUGGACAUGGAGGCGGACUUCAGGGACCCACUGAGGCCCAGAGAGUCGGAGCAGGAGCAGGAGUGGAAGCUCCGACAGCUGAUGCGUCAGCAGAGUAAGCAGCAGGCGAAGAUGGAGGCGACUCAGAAGUUGGAGCAGGUGAAGAGCGAGCAGCUGCAGCAGCAGCGUCUGAUGGCGAGCCAGCGUCUGAUUGGUCAGCUGUCCCCCGAGAGCGGCAGCCGCAGCCCCAUGACCCCCACCCCCCCCCAGCCGGCCUCCCCGGCCCACCCUUACCCCAGGCAGGGGGGGGGCGAGGGUUCAGGACUGGCCAACAACGUCUUCCUCAGACCUCAAGCUCCACCCCUCUCUGGCUUCUCCUCCCUCCCUCACUCCCCUCACCCCUCCUCCCCUCUCCACCAGCCCCCGUCCUCCCCCCAGAUGUUCUCCCCCCCCUCCUCACGCCCCUCCUCUCCCUGGGAUCCGUACAGUAAGGUGCUAGGGCCCCCCCGCCCGGCCGCCUCCCAGCCUGGUGGUCUGCCCCCCCACCAGCAGCGGCGUAACUCCCUCAGCGCCUCCCCGGCCCACGAUGCCUUUGGCUCCCCCGCUCCGUCCCCCGACUCCAAACCUUGCGACCCCUCCCGGGCCCUGGCUCCUCCCCCAGGAAGCUGUUAUCCUCCUCCUGGCUCCGCCCCCGACCACGCAGUCAGACACGCCCAGAGGACUCACAGCAGCGGUCACCUGCGUGCAGCGGCUGACUCGUACGGGCGGGGGGGUGACCUGGUCCAGAGGGGGGGGGUGUUUAAAGCCCCCAUGCCCCCCCAGCUGGAGAUGUUUGGAAACCCGGGGGGAGGAGCAGGCGAAGGAGGUGCAGGAAGGAGACCCACAGACCUGGGCUCCCCCCACCCCUCCUACGCCCAGACCUCCGGGACCCCCGGGACCCCCAGACCCGACUACUGCCAGCAGACCCCCGACCCCUUCAGCCAGCACUCACCUUUGACCUCCAGACCCUCUCCUGACCCCUACACUGGUACACCACGUCCACACUCUGACCCCUCCUACCUCACCCCCCCCACCACGCUGCAGCUGGACCAGUUCAACCAGCAGCCCGCUAACCGCCGCCCAAGCCCCUCCCACCCGACCCUGGACGCCUACCCCUCCCACCCAGGUACGCCCCGCCCCUCUGGUACUGAGCGGGUCCCUCACUCACCUGGAGGUCAGCGGAGCAGCGACCCCUACGCCCGGCCCGUCGGGACCCCACGCCCCUCGCCGGACCCCUACAGCCUGCAGCCCUCCACGCCGGACCCCCACCAGUCUCCAGGAAAACUUCAGGACUCGUUUCCCAGGACCCCCGGCAGUCAGAGUUCACAGCAGCCUGCGGUGUCAGAGGACGGCUUCUCUGGUCGAACUCCAGGCCACGCCCCCUUUGAGCAGGGUCACAUGACACCUGGCCUCCCACCGAUUGACAGAACAGCAGCCGAUGAAAUGGCAGUGCUGGGUGUGGCCUCUUUAGAUGGACCAAUGAGCAUCCUGCCGCAGCCGGGGGACUCAGAGGAGAAGUUGAGACAGCGCCAGCGGCUGCGUCAGCUGCUCCUGAGGCAGCAGCAGCAGAAGAGUCAGCUGCGUCAGGAGAAGGCUCUCCAGGAACCAGGACCAGGACCAGCUUCCACCCGGGCGGUUCCACCUGCCCCGGGUUCAGGGACGCCCCGGCACUGGUCUCAGGACGACUCUGCCGCGCUUCCAGCUGAAGUGUUUGCGCGCCCCCCGCCUCCCUACCCCGGGACCGUGAGGCCCGGGGGUCUGGCGGUGGCUCCAGCUCCGAGGUUCCCUGGAGGAUUCUCGGGGGAGCAGCAGAGAAGCUUCACGCCCAGCGAGGCUCCGUUCCCCAGGCAGAGAGAGCUGGCUGAUAGAGGACCGGUCCAGAGGUUCCCUGCUCCUCCAGGAGCUCAGGUUCUCCAGGACUCGUUUCUGGGACCUGCCCGGGGUUCCAUGCUUGGUUCUGGACUCGGUGCAGGAGAGGGAGUCCCGGUCCAGAUGAGGAGACCGAUGCCUGGAGACUUCACCGGCCUCCGACCCCUCCCCUCUCCCAACACUCACCCCCACAUGAUGCCAGGUGUCCCCCAGCCGUUCCUCCCACGCUCCCUCCCCCUCCAGCAGCACAGCAUCAGGGGCCAGCCCUACAUCGAGCUCCGGCACCGGACCCCUGAGAGUCGCCUGAGGCUGCCCUUCCCUCCGCCCGAGACCCCCCUGCUGUACCCCAGAGACCAGCAGCCAUCGCUCCGGCCCACCCAGGGGGCUCCGGUGGUCCCGCCCCCGCUGGGCGCACAGAUGGUGAUGGUGGAGCAGCUGAACCAGCAGCAGCUCAGCCACACCACAGCUCUCCCGGUGGCUGAUGGAAUGGAGGAGCACAUGGAUGGAGAUGAGUCUGCUGUGAAGGACCUGGAGGACGUGGAGGUGAAAGACCUGGUGGACCUCAACCUGAACCUCGACCCUGAAGAUGGUAAAGAGGACCUGGAUCUGGGUCCUAACGACCUGCAUCUCGACGACUUCCUGCUGUCGGGUAAGUUCGACCUGAUUGCCUACGCUGACCCUGAGCUCAACCUGGAGGACAAGAAGGACAUGUUCAACGAGGAGCUGGACCUGGGGGAGCCGGUGGAGGACAAGGACGGGGGAGAGAGGAGUGAUGUUGCAGGGGAGUACAGGAAGACAGAUAGCCACACCCACCUGAUGGGCCAGGUGAAACAGGAAGUGAAGGACUGCGUUAAGACAGAAGUUAGUGAUGGUCCCUCUGCGGCCCUGCACCUGACCACAGGAGCUCCAGGGACCAGGGCUCCCGGCUCCAGCCUGGCAGGAUCCUCGGCCCUUCUCGCCAAGGAGAAGGUGGAGGACCUAAGUGUGGUUCCAGCUCUUCGGGACCACGAACUGGCUCCGAUGUCGGUCAUGGCUCCCAGGGUCCAACCCCCAGCAGGGCAAGCGUCCGUCUUCCAGCCGCAGCAGAGACCCUUCGGAGCCUUGCCCCUCCUCAACUCCCAGAACCAACUUCCACACCUGGAGACCUCCACUCAGAACCAGGUGCAGAACCUGAACAAAGCCAGGCCCAUGCUCCUGGAGGAGCAGCCUCUCCUCCUGCAGGAGCUCCUGGACCAGGAGCGUCAGGAGCAGCAGCAGCAGAAACAGAUGCAGGCACUGAUCCAACAGAGGUCCACCUCCGACUCUCUGUUCCCAAACAUAGAAGACUUUGACUCCGUCUCAGACCCCAUCAUGAAGGCUAAGAUGGUGGCUCUGAAGGGCAUCAACAAGGUGAUGACUCAGGGAAACAUAGGACUGAACCCGAUGGUCAUCAACAGGUUCCCUCCAGCUCCAGCUCCAGGGGACCCAGGUCCAGAAGAGACACCACAGCCUCCACAGCUUCCUGGACAGGACGAGCAGCUGAAUCCUCCUCUGGUGCGACCCAACCCGCCCAGCUGCGGCCCGGGCUUCGUCAACGAGUCUCAGCGGUGUCAGUACGAGGAGUGGCUGGGCGAGACGCAGCAGCUCCUGCAGAUGCAGCAGCGCCUCCUGGAGGAGCAGAUCGCUGCCCACCGCAAGACCAAGAAAUCUCUGUCAGCCAAACAAAGAACAGCCAGGAAGGCGGGACGCGCGUUCGCCGAGGAGGACGCCGCCCAGCUGCGCUACAUCAGCGAGCAGCAGGCGGCAGUGCAGAAGCAGCUGGAGCAGAUCCGGAAGCAGCAGAAGGAUCACACAGAGCUGAUCGACGACUACAGGACCAAACACCAGGGGGCGUUGCAGCCGCUGGCCGCCCCCCCCAUGAUGCCCACAGGAGCACCACCCGUCCCUCAGACCCUGCUCCUGCAGCCCCCCCCAGGCGGACCCCCACAAACCUGCGUAACAAACACCUCUCCUGGUUGGACUCCAGGGGGCACCGGUCCAGGGGCAUUGGGGCACAGAGUUCCACCUCAUCUGCCCCCCCCCCUGCCUAGCACCCCCCAGGCCCCCCCACGCACCCAGACCCCGGUCGUGGUGGCUGGGCUCACCGCUCCCACAGCAGCCUUCUCUACAGGGGGUCCGCGCGGCCCUGCUGGGGGGGGCGGUGCAGCAGCAGAGGUGAAGUUCGAUGACAACAACCCGUUCAGCGAAGGUUUCCAGGAGCGCGAGCGGCGGGAGCGGCUGAGGGAACAGCAGGAGAGGGAGCGGCUGAGGGAACAGCAGGAGAGGGAGCGGCUGAGGGAACAGCAGGAGAGGGAGCGGCUGAGGGAACAGCAGGAGCGGCAGCGCGUGCAGCUCAUGCAGGAGGUGGAGCGCCAUCGAGCUCUUCAGCAGAGACUGGAGCUGGAGCAGCAAGGCAUGCUGGGAGUUGCAGUCCGGGUCGGCCCUGGAGCUGAUGUUCUCUCCCAGCUGCCGUUCUUCAGCUCCGAGCUGCCGCAGGAUUUCCUUCAGUCCCCCCCGGCCCCCAGCACGCGGGGGGGGCCGCUCGCCCAUCAGCCAGGUGCAGGCCCCCCCCACCCAGGAGCCCACUCACUUCCUGCCGACCUGCAGACCGGAGCCCGGCUCCAAGGACCGGCUGGGAUAACCCCCCCCAACCCUGGAGGUCCGGAUGCUCGAUUUGGACACGAGUCGUCCUCGCCGGCGGCCCCCCCCUCCAGCUCCUUCCCCUGCUCCUCCUCUGGAGGCCCCUCCCCCCUCAUCAUCCCCAACGACACACCACAGAAGAAGAGGAGCAGGAAGCGAGACGGGGACAACAUGGUGGGAGGGGGGGGCAGUAGGACGCCCCUGUCCUCCCACUCUGAUGACAACACAGCUCCGCCCACUUCCUGUUGCACACCCACUCCGGGCCCUGUGGACCAAUCAGUGGUGUCGUUCAGCGGUCUGGCUCCGUCCUCGGAGCUGGAGAGGCAGCUGUCGACCGGCGCCGCGGCCCAGCAGAGCUCCUCCCACCUCGGCUCCUCCCACCCCCCCCGGGCGGCAGCUCCUCUGCUGGUCAAGGAGGAGCGUGAGGACGAUGGCGCCUGUGGGGCGCGGGUGGUGAAGAUGGAGGAGGGAGAAGGCGAGCUGUUCUCCCCCCCGUCCCCCCUCCAUGGGGGGGGUGGAGACGGGGGGAAGGAGCUGCUCAGACAUCUGCUGAAGGACAAGAUGUCCAAUGCCAUCACACUGUCCUACACCGUCCAGGCCCCGCCCCCCGCCUGCCGCCAGCUGUCCAAUGAGAGCGUCCGUUCUGAGGAGGAGGACAAGCCUGGUUCCUAUGGCAACGUGGUGAUGAUGGACGAUGGCGAGCUGAUGGACGCCUCCAACAGGAAGAAGGUUCAGCGCAGUAAGAGACUCACUCGCCCUGAGAAGGACAGAACUACUCCCAAAUACAAGAGGAGGAAGAGAGAGGAGGAGGAGAAGACACUGAACUCCUCCUCCUCUGACCCGCUGAUGACACACCUCCGACAGCUGGCGGCGCUGCCCCUCAUGGAACCGGUUCUGGGCGUCGACCUGAGUCUGUUCCCCCCGUUCGGCAGCUCGUCUGUGGGCGGAGACUCGAGGCUGAGCGGCUCCUUCGGGAACGCCGGCCUGGGCGGAGUCAGCGACUUCUACUCGCAGCUCAUACACAAGAAUAACCUCAGUAACCCCCCCACACCUCCGGCCUCCUUGCCCCCCACCCCCCCGCCUGUGGCCAGGCAGAAGCUGGUGAACGGCUUCGCCACGACGGAGGAGCUGAGCAGGAAGGAGAUCAGCGAGCCGGACGUGAAAAGUUCGUCAGAUCUGAAGCACAAAGGGGGCGGUCUUUUGGUGGUAAACCACACCCACAAGACAGUAGAUGUCCCCGCCUCAUUACCGACUCCCCCCCACAACAACCAGGAGGAGCUCAGGAUCCAGGACUCUUCGGGGCGCAGCACCCCCGACGGCUUCGUCCCCUCGUCGUCUCCGGAGAGCGAGUGGGACGGAGAGGUCAGCCGCUACCCCGACCUCUCCUUCAUCAAACUGGAGCCGCCAUCGCCCAGCCCCUCCCCCCCGCUGCCCAUCACGCCCGGCGUCCGCGGAGCAGGCUCUGCAGUGAAACAGGAAGUGAAGGUGGAACCGACCCAUCAGGGCCCGCCCUCCUGCUCCAACACAGACUUGGUUACCAUAGCGAUAACUCUGAACCCGCUCGCCGCUCAGAACGUCGCCGGCGUCAUGGCGGCCGUGGCGGCGCUGCUGCGGAUUCCCGUCCCCGGGGACUACCAGCUGAGCCGCGCCCCCCCCGGCGCCGAGCACAGCCCGCUGGCGCUGCUGGCUGGAGUGAGGGUGCCGCUGCCACAGGGUCCGACAGGAAACCGACAACUGAGAGCUCCUGCUGCAGAGAACACCGGUGGUGAAAUCCAACAUGGCGGCUCUGCGGCCGCCGGGCCUCCGUGUUGCAGCUACUGCAAGGUGCUGCUGGGAAACGGAGUCCGCGUGGUCACGCAGCUGAAACAGGAAGGUCAGUCCAGACGCACGCUGGCGUUCUGUAGUCCACGCUGCUCUGCUCUCAGCACGUCUGCCCCCCCAACACCUGGAAACAAGCCUGCCGUCCCCGUCCUGUCCGGCUCCGAGCGCCCCCCCCCCUCCAGAGCGCAGCAUCAGUACAACAACAACAUGUCCUCCAUCGCCGUGCACUCCCUCCCCCGCACCCCCCCCCCUCCCUCCUCCACCUCCUCCUCCCCAACGCUCUCCUUCCCGCCCGCCUCCACCGUCACCAUGGAGACCAGGCCCCGUGGGGACAGCCUGAAGAUGAAGGUGAAGCUGAAGCCACACCCCCGGGCCGUCCCAGGUGGAGAAGACUCGGCUCGUCAGGCGAAGAGGACGAAGAGUUCCCGCUGGAGCCGCUGGAGCGUUCGCAUCACCUUCAGCCGGGGUCCGGGCGUUGCUAAUGAGGCGGUUGCCUUGCCAACCGAGGAAGAAGUGGACAUGAUGUUGAAGCAGCUGGGGGCGUGUCUUCAGCCGGACCCGUUACCCACCGACCAGCGGAGGUGUUGCUUCUGUCACCAGCAGGGGGACGGACGGACGGACGGACCGGCCAGACUCCUCAACCUGGACCUGGAUCUGUGGGUGCACCUGAACUGCGCCCUGUGGUCCAGCGAGGUGUACGAGACGCAGGCCGGCGCUCUGAUCAACGUGGAGCUGGCGCUGCGCCGCGGCCUGGCGCUGCGCUGCGCUCACUGUCAACAGACCGGCGCCACGAGCGGCUGCAACCGCCUGCGCUGCACCAACACCUACCACUUCACCUGCGCCCUGCAGGCACACUGCACCUUCUUCAAGGACAAGACCAUGUUGUGUCACCUUCACAAGCCCAGGACUCUCAGCGGGGACAGAUCUUCCAGCGGCUCCCCUUCCUCCACUCCAGGGCUGACCCCUGACCCCGCUGCCACGGUGGUCUCGGACCCGUACGACUCGGAGCUGCGGUGCUUUGCCGUGUUCCGGCGUGUGUACGUGCAGCGGGACGAGGCGCGGCAGAUCGCCGCCGUGGUGCAGCGCGGCGAGCGGCAGCACACCUUCCGGAUCGGCAGCCUGCUGUUCUGCGCCGUGGGGAGGCUCCUCCCUCAGCAGAUGAAGGCCUUCCACGACCAGACUGCCAUCUUCCCUGUCGGUUACCAUGCCAACCGCAUCUACUGGAGCAUGCGCCACAGCAGCAGACGCUGUCAGUACAUGUGCUCCAUCGAGGACGCCGGCGGCCAGCCGCUGUUCAAGGUCAAGGUGGUGGAGCAAGGUCACGGUGACCUCAUCCUGACCGGACACACCCCUAAAGCUGUGUGGGAUCAGAUCCUGGAUCCAGUGUCUCAGAUGAGAUCGUCCAGUGGAACCUUGAAGCUGUUUCCUGCUUAUCUGAAAGGAGAAGAUCUGUUCGGUUUAACUACGUCUGCAGUGAUCAGGAUCAUAGAGUCGUUACCAGGUGUGGAGGCCUGUGGACGUUACAACUUCCGCUACGGCAGGAACCCUCUGAUGGAGUGGCCCCUGGCCUUCAACCCCUCAGGCUCCGCCCGCUCUGAGCCCAAAGCCUUCCAGGCAAAGAGACUGUACCUGCUGACCAGCAUCGCCCCCCGGUGUCAGGGCUCGGUGGGCUCCAUCGUGGGGCUCGUCCCGGGCGUCAUCUCUCUGUCUCCGGGAGAAUCUGUGAGCAGCGCUCACCAGGGACGCCACUCCAAGGCGUCGCAGUACCGCCGCAUGAAGGCCGAGUGGAAGAGCAACGUGUACCUGGCUCGCUCCCGCAUCCAGGGUCUAGGUCUGUACGCUGCCAGAGACAUUGAGAAGUUCACCAUGGUCAUCGAGUACAUCGGCACCAUCAUCCGGAGUGAGGUGGCCAAUCGUAAGGAGCGUCUGUACGAGUCCCAGAACCGUGGUGUGUACAUGUUUCGGAUUGACAACGACUACGUGAUCGACGCCACCAUCACAGGAGGACCUGCCAGGUACAUCAACCACUCGUGUGGUCCGAACUGCAUCACGGAGGUGGUGACGGUGGAGAAGGAAAACAAGAUCAUCAUCAGCUCGUGUCGACGCAUCCAGAGAGGAGAAGAGUUGUCGUACGACUACAAGUUCGACCUGGAGGACGAUCAACACAAGAUCCCGUGUCACUGUGGAGCCGUCAACUGCAGCAAGUGGAUGAACUGAACACACACACACACGUAUACACACACACACACGUACACACACACACGUACACACACACACGUACACACACACACGUACACGUACACACACACACACACACACGUACACACACACCCUGGCAGCUCUCUCAUCUUGGUGCUGAAACUGGAUGUUAAUGUCCCACCUCUGUAGGUGGAGCUUAACUUCAUAUCAGAAGACUUUCAUAAUAAAACUGAUCGAGUUUUGAUCAGAGAACUAAUGUUGACUGGGGAGGGGGCGGGGCUGUAUAAUCAGGGCAGCUGAGGGGGGCGUGGCUAACGAAGGGGCUGGUCCUCUGUUUGUAUAUUUUGUAAAAACUGGUGUAAAAAUGUGAGUCACUGAAAUAAGAGAAUGUUUUGUCAAAGGGAAGUUUAUCAAUAAAGUUGCACUUAAUAAACACACAACUAUAAAAACCAGAAA